AUGUCGAGCUGUUGGGGAGCACUGGACAUAUUUCAAUGCACUACCGCGCUGCAAAGGAGCUUGAUUCCUUCUGAGAGGGUCAUUCAGCAGUCUCCCGAUUCUCCGGACAUACAAGAUACAGAAGGAGAUAGAGAGAACAGAAUACAUACCUUCAGCACAGAACUUGGAAGAGAAAAAGCAUUUAUUCUUGGCAUCAAAGUCCUUUUAGUAGAAUAUGGAAUUGCUAUCGUAGUAGGAGCUUCAUCUGCUUCGACUUUAUUUAGCAAGUUUGUUUCUGUAGCGGGUCAUUGUUUGCUUGCUUUAGCUCUAUGGUUUCGUUCUAGAUCUGUUGAUGUUAAAAACAAUUCAUCAGCAAUAUCCUUUUACAUGUUCAUUUGGAAGUUAUUCUAUGCUGGGAAUGUUCUCAUGCUAUUUUAUCGUUGAGAAGAACAUUGCAUAAAUACUUAAGUAAAAGAAGUGACUGGGUUCACAAGUGGAUUUGAUAUUUGUAAUUCA